AUGGACUCGAUUGUAACUGUUUAUUUAGUUGCUGAAAUUAUUUUGUCUAUAAUAAUUUCGAUAUCAAAUUUUCUUGUAAUCUGGGUAUAUUUUCGCACCGAACGUAUACGUACCAUCACUAAUACAUAUAUUUUUUCGUUGGCUGUUACCGAUUUCUUAGCUGGUACACUAGGAAUACCGGUAACAGUAUAUUCGGUAGCAACACGUUCACCACAUUCCUAUCUUUCUUGUUUAGGUAUUCAUUUAAUUCUCUGUAUUCUGUGUACCAUAUCAACAUUUCAUAUGCUUGCAAUGGCUUUCGAUAAAUUUGUCAGUAUUUGUUGUAAAGGACAACUAUUUUCACGUGUAAGUAGGCAAAAAUUGGCGAUAACACUGAUUGCACUUGCAUGGAUUUUAGGUACAUCAGUUGCAGUUGUACCGGUAUUCUCAAUUACAGAUUUUCGCCAGAAAUAUCAAAAUUUUCCUGGUGAAUGCCAUUUUACUGGUGUUGUUGAUUAUCGCUAUUUAGUAUAUGUAAUAUUUUGUUCAACAAUCAUUUUACCAUCAAUAAUUAUACUGUUUUGUUAUACCAGUAUAUUACGGCGUAUCCGACUGGAAGAACGUCAGGUGAAAUUUUUACUUGAACAAAAAGAACGUAAUCGACGGAUGCGACGACGGCAUAAAUUGAUUCGCUUACUUAUUGCAGUUGUAUUAGCCUAUGGUAUUUGCUGGUAUCCGUUGUACAUAAUAAAUACAUUUGUCUUUAUAUUACCAGAAUAUAAGGACCAUACCAGUACAAUAACGUUAUGUGCUGUUGUCUUGUCACAUAUUUCAUGCGCUAUUAAUCCAAUUAUCUAUGCAUAUGGUAUGCCGGGUUUCAAGCAAGGCUUAGUUAAGCUGUUUGAAAUGAAAUUUUCCAUUAAAAGUUGCGCCAGUUCUUGUUAUGUUAAAUCUGAGUCUAAAGCUGUUGUUGAAUCUAAUGAUAUAGCUGUCAGAAACAAAAGGAAUUCGAUAAUGCAUAGUCGUUCACAGUUAACCAAUGAAAGAAUAGAUAUACCCGUGCGUACAGUCAGAUUCCAACAGCUGUUUAGAAGGUCAAAUUCUGCUUUGAUUGUGGUAUAUUACAGUGGUUUUAGCGGCGACGAUGACUGCUUGAAAACUUUUGGUGAAAAUAAACAAACCUCGACAACGACGACAACGAUGCCUGAACAGUGCAUCAGCAACGACGACGACGACGACGACGACAACGACAACGAAACUAGCAAAGAAAUCAACAAUUACGACGAGGAUAAGAACCAAGAUCAUUACUAA